ACUUUGUUGUUGAUUUGAAUACUUUUUUUUUUGAUUGACUGAUUGAUUGAUUGAUUGUUUGAUUGAUUGAUUGAUUACCAAUUGACUGACUGACUGACCAUUAUUGACAACAUUAUUAUCGACGACAAUGGAUCCCAUAGUAGAGUCCAGCAGUGAUGACAGUAUCGGCGGUGAUUUGGCCAUAGAUUUGUCGGCCAACACAAGUGGUGGUGUCGACACCGAUGAUAUACCGAUGCUAAGAGUCAGUACCGACGGCCACACCAGUGCUGAUGAUAACGAUGUCCACAACAGUAACAAUAGUGACAAAAACAGUGAUAAUGUUGACCACAAUGAGGACAACAACGAUGACCAAAAUAGUGACCAAAAUAGUGACCAAAAUAGUGACCAAAUUAGCGACAACGCCGAUGCUCACAACACUAACAUCGUUGACCACACCAUUGGUAUCAACACUACGGCGGCUAAUCGUGUGGUCACUACGGGUGCCGAAAGUGCGGCCAACGAUACGCCAGUAAUUGAAAACAUUAGCGGUUCAUGGCAUUCCCCRACUAAGGUUGAGAAAGAGGACCUGGCUAUAUCUAUGGCCCAUUUAGUGGUCCGAAAACUGGGACCCCCUGUCAGGACAUCACUCACUCAGAGCCGGUAUAAUAAAGUGUUACGAGAGGUUGUCUCCAAAAUUCAUGAUAUAGUCGAGGACUACGAACCGGAUUUGGGACAAUUGAAUGAUUUGGACGAACCAUUUGUGCAACCAAUGGACGAUUUCGAGGAUGUCAGCGAACCAAUUCCCGAACAAUUGGCUACAAAGCGGGUCCGGUCCGAUAUUGGCGAACGGUUUGAAUGCACACAGUGUCCCAAAUUGAAUCAGAGAAUUGCGGAUCUUGAGGGACGCAAUGAAGGACUUCUUGCGGCUUUGAAUUCGGCCAAACAGGACAUAGAGGAGCGACAGGGACUCAUUGAUAGACUUAAUAUCGAAAACCAGGAUUAUACCGAUCAAAUGGAUGCCAUGCAAGAACAUUACAUUGCAGGAGUCUCAAACAUGUCAGCUCAGGUUUUGGGACCCAAUUGGUCCGAAACUUUGGUAAAAUUCGGAGGGCAACAAUGUGUGGCCGAGAUUUCAGACAGUGAAACCAUAAUUGAGUCCGAAAUUAUUGGUGACAAUGAAGUCGGCGAUAAUCAGGCUGGAGAUGAUGUCGGUAGUAGUGAUGAUGAUAAUGACGGUGACGACAACGCAGCCGAACUAGAAGACGGUAUAGAAGAAGUCUUCGACAUUGAUGGCGAUCUAGAGGGACAUCUCCCGGUGUGGGUCGAAGGAUACGGUAAUCCCAUAAGUCGUGACCAAAUCGGAGGAGAGACCGGAAAACGAUUUAAAGUGUGCUCUAAAUUAUCGAUGUAUUCGGAAAUUUCUCACAUCAAUAAUUAUGACGAGAGUGAGAACAAGAUACGGAUUAUCCAAACGUAUGGACAUCUUGUGACCGCUGGUCAACUACGUGGAGACAGAGCCGCGUUUGCCGCGUAUCAAAUUGCAUCGUUUAGAGGAAUGGCCGUCGAAAAUGAUAUCAAUGUAUACCACUUUGCSUUUUACCAAAACUGGUCGACUGUUUGUCCAGUUUGUGGGAUUUCACUGGCAACUAGAGUACCGGCCGAUUACAAGAUUGUUGUUCGUCACGGUAAUAGAGCCGCACAUAUAGACUCUAAUGGUGACAAAGUUAAGGUUCAAUUGGUUGUUAUAUAA